CGUCCAUCAUUCUCACGGUAACAACCUGUUCUUCUGAUUGCUCUGCACUGACCUGCUUGCCACGCAUACUUUUGUACAGCGAAGGCCAACUCUUCAUUGGUAUCCUUUACGCAACAUCGGUCGAUACAACAUCGAGUUCUACAACAUUGAGGUCUACAACAUCGAGUUCUACACCAUCGAUAUCACUCAUCAUCUGGGCUUGGAUGUCCAAGCUAGAGCAACUCCAUCAGAGAUGUCACAGUCACCACUUGCGAGACGAUCUGAUAGCACAUCCGUCUACACAUUGCCUUUGAACGAAAGAAAGCAGAGCUGCACGCCAGGCUUAUUGACAACAACCGGUAUGUUGUACGAAGGCACGUUUGCAGAAUGGCUACCAGUCACUGGAAGCCGCUGCCACCUUCAAACACCUCGAAAACUCUGUGAAGCGGGCGAGAACUUGAAUUGUGAUGACGACGACGAGACUUGUUCUUGCAAGCAAUAUGAUUUGAACUCGAAAAGGAAGUGGAUAUCGGAGAUGCAUCAUAAAAUCAGUCCAUAUUUGCUCGAUCGCAUCCCUGAUUCGGCGUGGCAAUCCGAAAAUGCCCUUUUCACUGCUUUGAACAAAGUCAGUUCUCCGUUCCGAAUCAUGGACCUUCCACCAGAACUUCGAGAUCUCGUAUGGAACGAAGUACGUCCAUCCUGGCGCGCCGAGCUCUCGGGUGUCAAGUUUAUUGUCAGCCCUUCCAACUGUCCAGAAUUACUUCAAGUCUCGAGGGCCGUCACCAGAGAAGUCUCCGCUCUGAUGGCAUUUGACAUAAAGUUUCACGGCUAUCGUGAAUCUAUGCGUCAAUCAUCCUUCAUUGUGCUUCAGUGAUAUUUCGCACGUCAUGCAAGCGUUUCACCACUCAGCAUCGUGAACCAGCUGUCGCGGGUCCGCCUCUUCUACUAUCAGUCUCAUACGACAACGAAUGAAGUCGAACUCACAAUUACCGGAAACUCAGGUUCGAGAUCCAUCAAGUGUCGGCGCCGAGCGAAUUCUCAGAGCGCUUGGCAGAACUCGUCGCCACAGAGCCACGCCUGGAUGCAAGAAUUGGUUGAGGCAUUGAAUCUCAACGUGAGGGCGCCUCAUCUUAAGGGUCUGGCUCUGUUCAAGGUAGCCGAAACCAUGCACAAUCGACUAAGCCAGACAAACGAUCUGGGACUGAGUGCUCGCCGGGUGCUUGGAGUGUGAAUUU